CCAUGACUCAACCGUGCCAUUUUGACGGAUGCUCCCAACCUGCGAUCGCCAACACGAUGCGAUGCCGCCACCACCGCCACCGAGGGCGUUGCAUGGUUGACAACUGCAGCAACCAGGUGUACGCCCGCAACCUUUGUUGCCGCCACGGGGCCAAGAAACAAUGCGAGUUCGACGGAUGCACACUUCGAGCCCGCCUCGGAAACGUGUGCUAUAAGCACGGCGCAGACAAGAAGCAGUGUGAAGAACCGGGGUGUUCACAACCCGCACAAGCCCGUCAAAAGUGCGUCAAGCAUGGCGGCGGGCGCAAGUGCAAAGCCAACGACUGCCUCGCCCACGCCAGGGCCGGCGGGUACUGCCAACGCCACCGCGCGGCGUUGUCCCCAAAGGUGGUCGCAAAACAAGACAUCAACAUGCGUGCGUUGUGGGACGAUCAUCAUCACCAUGCACGGCACGACUCAAUCGACGAUGUGUCUGACAUUGGGUCGGUAAUGCAAACCGACGAGGCGUUGAUGUGCAAAGUGGAAGGCAUUGACCUGAGCAUUUGCACCGACGUCUUUGACGGUCACUGGGAGCCAUUCCAUGUAGACGAGGACAAGUCCAUGCUCCGCGACAUUCUGAGCAUCCUCGAGCAGUUGUAACAGUUUUGUCCAAUUUAGUUGAUGUUUGUCGUAACCCCACUAACCGGGUAGAUUGUUGCUCAAACUUCUGAAGUAACGUUAGCGAUAGAUAGAUCAAACGUUCCAACUGUCC